AUGGCAUCUGCAUCACGACGACUGAAAUACCUUCAACACUGGUACAAGGAUGGCGGUAUCUUGUUGAUGAGCUAUGAACAAUUUCGUAUUUCUGUGCUCCGGGAGAGCCACGAUAGAGACUUGAUACGAACCAUGCUCGUCGAUCCAGGUCCAGCAAUACUGAUCGCCGACGAAGCACAUCGAAUCAAAAACAGCACAUCACAACUCACCAUAGCUUUACAGCUCGUCAAGACGCGUGCACGGUUAUGCCUGACUGGAUCACCACUGCAAAACAAUUUGCUCGAAUUUUAUCAUGUCGUCGAAUUCGCGUGUCCCAAUUAUUUACCAGCUCAACAAGAGUUCAACCACUUGUAUCUGAAACCAAUUCAAAAUGUAUAUGCGGAUUCACCAGCGUCCAAUAUUUAUAUGGCAAAAAAACAGUUAUUCAAGCUACAGCUGCUAACUGCUGAUAUCAUUCUUCGUCGGGACACUACAAUUUUGGCAAAGGAACUCCCUAAAAAGAUUGAAUAUUAUGUUGGAUGCAAGUUAAAAGAAUUGCAAUACAAAGGAUACGAGUCGUUGUUGCAUCUGUUUAAACAUACGGAUAUCCAAGAAAAUCCAAUGAUCAACUUGUGUGUAUUACGAGCCAUCUGUAAUCAUCCCUCGGUGCUUAAUCAGAUGGCGGUGGGACGUCAAGACAAAGUGAUGCCAGUACCAACAAUUUCUACGCAAAGGAAUCAUGAACUUGAAGAAUCCGAUAUUGCACUUGAAGAAGAAAUGAUGGAGAUCAGUACAGCUAUCAAAACCACCCAGCUAAUGGCCAUGGCUGAAAAGUUAUUUGAUACCAUCCCAGAUAUAGAUGACCCGCGGCAUUCUUCCAAGACAGAAGUGAUUGUUGGCAUCGCCACAGCAUGUCGAGAUGCUAACGACAAGUUGGUCAUUGUUUCACAUAGUAUCUUAUGCUUGGAUUACCUGGAAAACCUACUGGGAACACUCCAAUUCCAAACAGCGAGAAUUGAUGGUAGCACGCCCGCUACUGAACGACAACCUAUUAUCGAGACAUUCAAUAACAGCACUACACAACACAUCAUGUUCCUUUCUGCCCGAGCUGGUUCUCUGGGUGUGAAUAUCACUGGUGCCAAUCGAAUGAUUCUCUGCGACUCGGACUGGAAUCCCCAGCAUGACGAACAGGGUGUCGGCCGCGUGUACCGCUAUGGCCAGACCAAGGAUGUAUUCAUCUAUCGACUGUAUACUUAUACCACCAUUGAACACAAGCUGUUAUACCAAAGCAUUCAUAAACGGGGAAUAGCAAGUCGAGUCGUGGAUAAUGAUAAGCUAUCUCUACAAGACAAGCACGAGAUGCGCAAGUAUUAUGCUUUGCCACAACGAAACCCGAGUUCGAACACAAAUCGAAUCCUAUCCAAGAUUCAAGAUCCAGUCUUACGCAAAGUGAUUGAGGAAAACGCGAGUGACGUGGCGGAUGCUGUUUCGAAAGAAACACUGGAGCGCGACGGUGUGCAAGCAGAAACUGAAUUGGAAAUCGCAGAUAUUGAAAAGGCACGAAAAGAAGUGAAAGGAUAUCAACAAUUGUACUAUUCAACAAAAAGCAAACGUAGUAGUGGUGGCCGUGACAGUUAUAGCGACAUUUUAUAG